CCACACCGUUCAGACGACGUCAUCAGAAUAUGAGACAUCCCCCGGUCCUGCUGAGGGCACGGGGUCACCGACCUCCGUCUGGUCACGUGCCAACACCUUCCUGGAUCUGCUGAGGGGUACAUCCGAGGGAAGAGGUCAGGGGUCACCAGAUGACCGGCGGAACCACCGCAAUAAGCCGCCCCGGUUCAAGGGUGGUCCGGCUAUUUCCGCCAUACGUGUGUCAAUGGCGCCGCCACCGCCGCAAGGUAACGACGAGGUCCGGGUUGUGGCAGAAGGCGAAGGAUCGCGUCAGCGGACUCUGAGCGAGAUUGAGGGGAUCGGUCGGGUGCCGGACUCUAGGAGCAGAUCCAACCCUGGCAAGCCGUCUCUCUUGUCCGAGAUAGAAGGUAUUGAUCAUGAAGCCGUGAGACAGGAGGUGGCGACUGUGGAGGGAAGAGUUGUGGAAGGAGGGGUGGCCAAGGACGAGAUGUCAGUUGACGGGGGCUGGAGCCCGUGGGGCGAGUGGAGCCGUUGUUCCAAGACGUGCGGGAAAAGCUGGACGCUCCGCAGACGGACAUGUAACAACCCUCGCCCGACGAACGGUGGAAAACCCUGCCAGGGCCCGGACGUACAUAGACACGUCUGUAACCCUAUCCCCUGUCCAGGUAGAAGAUUGUCUGUGGCUGGCGAGGGAACGGUGACGUCACCAGAAGGCGGGUCGGAGGGGAGCGACAGCCGGGUGGAGACGGUGGGAAGGCCACACGUCCGGCAGGGGUCCGUCACUAACGCUCACAACAGAGUCGCCAGCUUACGGGAUCCUAUUCACGGAGGCUGGGGGUUCUGGACGCCGUGGUCGUCCUGUACGGCGACGUGCGGAAAAGGCGCAAGGGUACGGACCAGGCAGUGUUCUAACCCGCCCCCUAGCGGCGGAGGGGAUCCCUGCAAGGGUACCUUCCUUGAGACGGACGAAUGUCUGGUGAAAGCAUGUCCAGAAAGCGGUUGGAGCAUGUGGGGGCCGUGGUCGGACUGUAGCCAGACGUGCGGGGGAGGGUACCGGAAACGGACCCGGGAAUGCAGCAUCAACGAGAACCUGCCCUGCGAGGGCCCCUCCAUGGAGGAGGCCAGCUGCAACCCAGAGAAAUGUCCAGUUGACGGCGGCUGGACCAAGUGGAGUAAGUGGUCCCCGUGUACCCGGACGUGCGGUCUCGGCUCACAGACCAGAACCCGCUCUUGCACGGACCCGGCCCCCAGGAACGGUGGGCUGCCCUGCAACGGGUCCGACACCGUGGUCAGAAAGUGCAUCCAGCGGCCCUGCCCACAAUCAUACAGAUGGAGCCGGUGGUCGUCCUGCAGCGUGACGUGCGGGCGGGGUCUGCAGAAGCGGACCAGCGUGUGCGUCAGGACGGAGCACUGCGGGGGGCUCCGGCAGCAGACUAAGCCAUGCGUUAGGAGGACAUGCCCAAGUGAAUUUGUCAACGAAGAAGAAGCUUCAGGGGACGGCGGGAGACACCAAGAAGACUUUGCAGAAGGAUCCGGAUUUGCAGACAGGGAAGACAGAUUCAACACUGGCACGACUACGGAGUUCUUCCAGUCCGGAUGGGGGGAGUGGUCGCCAUGGACAGGCUGUAUCAGGAAGUGUACCGAACAGCAGGGGUACAGGUACCGGUCCCGGGAGUGUAACAGUGUGGAGGGAUGUGACGGACUCAUACAGGAGGAGGAGGAAUGUGAAAAUGAAUUCUGCGCUGUGGACGGUAACUGGGGCGGUUGGUCGGACUGGUCGGGCUGCAGCGUGACGUGCGGGGAGGGGACCCGGGAGCGGACCCGGUCGUGCGACAACCCUGCCCCGGGACCCGGGAGCGGACCCGGUCCUGCGACAACCCCGCCCCGCAAAUUUCUUUCUGACACUCACGUUGUUUCUAUCCCGACAGUGGAUGGUAACUGGGGCGGCUGGUCGGACUGGUCGGGCUGCAGCGUGACGUGCGGGGAGGGGACCCGGGAGCGGACCCGGUCCUGCGACAACCCCGCCCCGCAGCAGACCGGCAAGCCGUGCGAGGGCUCCAGCCAGGAGAUCAAGGUCUGCAGCAGCGUCGAGCCCUGCGACGACGGAGCCAGUGGCAGCUGGGUAGAAUGGUCCAUGUGGUCCACCUGCCGCGGCCCCUGCGGCCUGGGGAGGCAGUACCGCACCCGCCGCUGUAAGCCCAAGGAAAGCUCGCCCCUCGAGGGAUGGAUGGUCGCGGCUUGCGUGGGAGACGGACGGGAGAAAAAGGAUUGCGUCCCGGAAGGCUGUCCUGUACACGGAGGUUGGAGUAAGUGGUCCAACUGGACGGACUGCAGCGUGACGUGCGGGCGCGGGGUGAAGGCGCGGGCCCGGGACUGUAACACCCCGGCCCCGCAGAACGGCGGGCGGGCGUGCGAGGGGAGGGACACCGAGGAGGCGCCGUGCGACGAGGGGCUCUGUCCUGUUGACGGCGGCUGGUCGAGCUGGUCGCAGUGGCUGGUGUGCACCGUGACAUGCGGCAUCGGCACUCAGAUCCGGCUGCGGGCCUGCGACUCGCCCGUCCCGCGCCACGGCGGGAACAACUGCACGGGGUCGUACGAGGACCUCCGCGUCUGCAAGCGGGGACCGUGCCCGGAGGGAAGUGACGAACCAAACAAGUGGUCUGAUUGGUCGGACUGGUCCGAUUGUAGCGUGACUUGUGGAAAGGGCAUGUCCCUCCGGACGCGGAAGUGCCCGGAUGGAGGGUGUGCCGGGAGGGACACUGAGGAGAGAGACUGCAGCACGGACUGUUCACAAUUCACCUGGACAGAGUGGUCAGACUGGACGUCUUGCACGAAAACCUGCGGUAAGGGUGUACAGCUGAGGACACGCACGUGCGAAGAUCCUGGCACGGGGAAACAGGCCGACGUGUGCGACGGAGACGGGAGUCAAAAGAGGGGGUGCAACGCACAACCCUGCAGAGCAGAGGACCGUGACAGGAGUAACUGGGAGGACUGGUCGCCCUGGGAGAAGUGCAGCGUGUCCUGCGGGGUCGGCGUCCGCUUCCGAUUCCGGAAAUGCAAAGACCCGACCGGAAAGGGCUGCUGGGGGUCAGCUGAGGACGAGGCGAAAUGCGACGCCGGGUCAUGCCUACCUCCAAUUGACGGCGGCUGGAGUGACUGGUCAGACUGGACGGAGUGCAGCCACACCUGCGGAAUCGGCACGCGCAAGCGCACCCGCGAGUGUAACAACCCCCCUCCCCAAAAUGGCGGCAAGGACUGCGAGGGACAGGACAUGGACGCUUGGAGCUGCGCAUCUCCCUGUCCAAUUGAUGGCGGGUGGGGCUCCUGGUCGAACUGGAGUCCGUGUGACGUCACCUGUGACGUAGGACAGAGAACGAGAACCCGUGAGUGUAACUACCCGCGGCCUCGGUACGGCGGCAAGAACUGUACUGGGGAUGCGGUACAAGUGGUCGGGUGCAGGGGGCCGACAUGCCCAGUUGACGGGGGCUGGGGCGAGUGGACAGAAUGGUCGGAGUGCUCGCACACCUGCGGUGUCGGUAACAUGAGACGGAAGCGCCUGUGCGACAACCCCCCUCCCUCCGCGGAUGGACAGGACUGUCAGGGGGUGGACAUGGAGAUCCAACCCUGCUCCGGAGGAGAGUGUCCCAAGCCAGUUGAUGGAGGCUGGAGCCCGUGGUCCAACUGGACGGUGUGCACGGCAAGCUGCGGCGGCGGGACCCAGUCCCGGGACCGCACCUGCGACUCGCUACAUUUCUUUAAUUCUUUCAUUGAUGGAGGCUGGAGCCCGUGGUCCAACUGGACGGUUUGCACCGCAAGCUGCGGCGGGGGGACCCAGUCCCGGGACCGCACCUGCGACUCGCCCAUCCCCGACCACGGCGGCCGGGACUGCGAGGGCACCGGCCAGCAGUUCAGGCGCUGCAGCAUGCAGGCUUGUCACGUGGACGGCCAGUGGGGCAAAUGGGACGACUGGUCGGACUGCAGCGCGAGCUGCGACGGAGGAUACAGAGUGAGGCGCCGGAAGUGUGAUUCGCCGGAACCGAGGGGUGAAGGGUUAUCCUGUGCGGGGGUGAAUUACGAAGACGAGGACUGUAACACACAAAGUUGUGAAGCACCACAGAAAGCCCAUUGGACGGAGUGGACGGACUGGUCCACCUGCAGUGCGACGUGCGGGGAGGGGGAACAGAUUCGCACGCGGACAUGUCAGGACGCGACACCGGAUGACGUCUGCGCGGGGCAGGACACGGAGAUAAAACCCUGUAACCUGGGGACGUGCAAGGAAAAGGGCCUGUGGAGCCCGUGGUCGGUCUGGACGGCCUGCAGCGCCACCUGCGGUCGCGGGGUGCAGCGCAGGACGCGGUACUGUGAGCUGGCUCCGGCCGGGACCCCCUGCGAGGGACCUUACAUCAUGAACCGGACGUGCGACACGCCAGUCCAGUGUCCAGCUGCGGGCAGGUGGCUCCCGUGGACGGACUGGAGCACGUGCAGCGUCAGCUGCGGCAGCGGCCGGCAGUUCCGCACCCGGAGGUGCCAGGCCUCCCCGGCGGGCGGGGGCUGCGACGGGCCCGAGAGGGAGUACCAGCUCUGCUCGGUGCAGGCCUGCGACCAGGAGCUGGAGACAUCGGGAAAUAUCCUGGAGAAUGGGGAGACGGAGGCGGGGGAAAAUAACGGUGACGCGUCAGGGGAAGUCAAGGUUUCCGUCUUUGACGAGAUCUCGACAGAAGGCUUCAUGAAGCUCUCGCCAACAACAAGUACUACAGCUGCGACGUCAUCAACAACGUCACCAACUACGUCAUCAGGGGCCAACGUUAUCCCAGAACCUCCCACCGUGUCGGGUAACAACAACACGUCAUUGUGACGUCAUCUGGAUGCACCAAUCACAACCUCAGGCUUCAACAGCACAUCUAGAGCACAUAUACUAACCAAAGGGUGUUAAGUUUCCACCACAGACAGUGUGUUGGACGGUAUCUCAGCCUGGUUCAACGUAGCCCCGCCCCUUUAAUUAAACCAACCCACGAUACCUAA